AGACACUCGAAAAACAAGUUUUGUUGACUACCGUAAGAAGCGUUAGCGGUCAGUAUCAUGCAGUAUUUAUAAAUAAACACACAUCCUAGUGACUCGACGAAUACGUGAAUAUUAAUUAAACUGCAGUGUCCAAACAUGAACGAGAAACCAGGAAGUGUAACUGAAAUGACCGAAGUGAGUAAAGAGAAUUCGGAAAACAAUGAACAGAUUGAGAAUAAAGAAACACCGAAUACUCGGAAGUGGUCGAUUUCGUCAUCGUUGAAUGCAAUACUAAAUUUCUUCGCGUAUCUCACGGUGGAGCCGUUCAUGAUUUGUUACAUUUUACCAAGUGCCAUAUCGGGAUUAGCGGUCCAAAGAUUGAAUAUAGAGAAAGCCUGCCGGAGCGACCUUAAUUAUUCCGAUGCUAUAUGUCUUCUCGUAAGGAACGGCGAUGCAGAAGACAAUAUAACUAUAGAGGCACAAAUAACUACAAGCAAAAUCGUUUCGGACAUGACAGCGUGGCAAUAUCCUGUGCAGAACAGCAUACCGACUAUAAUCAUUUUAUUCGUUGGAGCUUGGAGCGACCGGACUGGAAAUAGAAAAGCGUUAAUGUUGAUCCCGCUGAUAGGUGAAAUAAUAUCGUCAUUCGGAUUGAUUCUGACCACUUACUUUUUCUUGGAAUGGCCUUUAUGGGCCACAGCACUGAUAGAGGCAUUACCUUCGGCUCUGAGCGGUGGAUCGUCCAUUGCCUUUAUGGGCUCAUACAGUUAUAUCGCUGAUGUAACGACUCUCGAAUCUCGUACGUUCCGAAUUGGAUUCGUGGCUGUAAUAGUAUCUCUCGUAUUACCUUUUGGGAUUUCUAUAAGCGGAGUUUUGACGGAAGCUGUCGGCUAUUAUGGAGUUUUCGGCCUCAAUAUGAUCCUGUACAUACUUGGUUUUAUUCAUACAUACUUUCGUGUGCAUAACGUUAGGAAUCAAAGCGUUGAAGGAAAUCUGAUUAAUAAAAUUAUCGACUUCUUUCAUCCUAGAAACGCAUGGGAUAGCAUUUCUAUAAUGUUUUUAACACCCUUGAAGCAAAGGAUACAAACGAUUUUAGUUCUGUGGGCGCAUAUCGUCAUACUUGGACCUGUUAUAGGCGAACUCUCCGUACUCACGUUAUACGCAUUGAACAAAUUCAGCAUGAACGUUGUUGACUUGAGUUUGUUCAUUACGUACUCUACACUGAUGGGAACGGCAGGGACUUUAUUGGCUGUGACACUCUUUAGUAAGCACUUGAAAAUGCACGAUGCCUUAUUAGGAAUCAUAGCGGCGACAUGCCAGACUGUCUCCAGUAUCGUUUACGCAUUAGCACCGACAAAGGCUUGGUUAUUCUCCGGUCCAGUUUUUAAUUUAUUUGGAACAACCGGGGUGACGGCAACAAGGUCGUUGGGUACUAAAGUCGUGGACCCGGAUAAAGUAGGUAAAAUCUGCUCCCUCCUUGGAUUAGCCGAGUCUCUUGUACUGAUCAUUUACACGCCUAUAUACAGCAAGCUUUUUACUAACACGGUGACCACACUACCAGGUGCAGUUUACUUUUUGGGCGCAGCAAUGACAGUCCCAGCUUUCUUUCUAUUCGGAACCCUCUACAAAAUCAACAAAAAACAGGAGCGUGACGUUGUCCAAAACCCAGAACUGAAGGAAAUGCAUGCCCACGAUAAUCAAAUAGCAACACCUUAAUACAUUAAUUGUAUAAUCAAAAUGUAUAAUUAUGAUUUUGUUUUACA